CCUUUUUGAGUCCCAUCUCUAAGCCGUUCUCCGCCGUCGAUCUCCCGGCGGCAAUUCCAAAGCUUCCAUCGCCAAAAAUUUCCACCGUCUUCGUCAUCUCCGUCCUCUCUCUGCUAUAAUUCUCCCCUUCAAUUCCCAUUUCUCUCUUCAAUUCGCAAUGGCGCAGUCUCUGCAACUCUUCACCACCACCACCCGCUCUCCCACCCUCUCCCUGACCAAAAAUUCGCUUCCAAAAUCCGCCCCUUCCACCGCCGCUUUCCGCUUCCCCUUCACUCUCACCAAAUCGUCAAUUCGAGCCUCUUCCUCUCCGGAUCUCAAUCCUCUACCGGCGUCCUCCACUUCCCAAGUCUUGGUUUCCGAAAAUGGCUCGAGCGGCGGAGGUGGGUAUGCGCCGGUUGUGUCUGAUGCGAGCUCUAUUGAGGUCGACGCUGUGACGGAGGCUGAGUUGAAGGAGAAUGGCUUCAGGAGUACGAGGAGGACGAAGCUUGUGUGUACUAUUGGCCCUGCUACUUGCGGAUUCGAGCAGCUGGAAGCGCUCGCUGUUGGCGGUAUGAAUGUGGCGAGAAUCAAUAUGUGCCAUGGAACUCGGGAGUGGCAUCGGGAUGUGAUUGAACGCGUGCGGAGGCUCAAUGAGGAGAAGGGCUAUGCAGUGGCCAUCAUGAUGGAUACUGAAGGGAGUGAAAUUCACAUGGGUGACCUUGGAGGAGCUUCUUCAGCUAAAGCGGAAGAUGGUGAAAUCUGGACAUUCAGCGUCAGAGCUUUCGAUUCAACACUGCCAGUCCCAGAACGCACUAUUAAUGUGAACUAUGAGGGGUUUGCAGAAGAUGUGAGAGUGGGUGAUGACCUCCUUGUUGACGGUGGAAUGGUGAGAUUUGAGGUAAUCGAAAAGAUUGGGCCGGAUGUUAAGUGCCUGUGUACUGACCCGGGAUUGUUGUUGCCACGGGCUAAUUUGACUUUUUGGAGGGAUGGACAUCUGGUACGAGAACGUAAUGCCAUGCUCCCUACAAUUUCUUCUAAGGAUUGGUUGGAUAUUGAUUUUGGGAUUGCAGAAGGCGUUGAUUUUCUUGCCAUUUCAUUUGUCAAGUCCGCUGAAGUGAUUAAACACCUCAAAAGCUAUAUUGCUGCACGUUCCCGUGGCAGUGACAUUUCCAUCAUUGCGAAGAUAGAGAGUAUGGACUCAUUGAAGAACUUGGAAGAAAUUAUUCGAGCAUCGGAUGGGGCUAUGGUAGCUAGAGGAGAUCUAGGAGCUCAGAUUCCACUGGAACAGGUGCCAUCAGUCCAGCAAAAGAUCGUCCAACUAUGCAGGCAGUUAAAUAAGCCAGUUAUUGUUGCUUCUCAGCUGCUUGAGUCGAUGAUCGAAUAUCCAACACCCACCAGAGCUGAAGUUGCCGAUGUUUCCGAGGCUGUCAGGCAGCGAUCAGAUGCCCUGAUGCUCUCUGGUGAGUCCGCCAUGGGCCAGUUCCCAGACAAGGCAUUAGCUGUUUUGAGAAGUGUCAGUCUAAGGAUUGAGAGGUGGUGGAGGGAAGAGAAACACCAUGAACCUAUGGAACUCCCAGAAGUUGGAUCUUCAUUCUCAGAUAGUAUCUCAGAAGAGAUCUGCAAUUCAGCUGCCAAAAUGGCCAAUAAUUUGGAGGUGGAUGCAAUUUUCGUCUACACAAGGAAAGGCCACAUGGCAUCUCUCCUGUCCCGCUGCCGACCCGAUUGCCCGAUCUUUGCAUUUACCUCCACAACAUCCGUGAGGCGACGUCUUAACUUGCAAUGGGGCUUGAUUCCCUUCCGCCUGAGCUUCUCUGAGGACAUGGAAAACAACCUCAACAAAACAUUUUUGCUGCUUAAAGCCAGAAACUUGAUCAAAUCAGGUGAUCUUGUAAUUGCUGUCUCAGACAUGUUGCAGUCUAUCCAGGUUAUGAAUGUGCCUUGAGAAAGAUAGGCUGAUCUGUGUUGCCUGCUGCUGUUUUUUCAUUUCUUUAGAUUAUUUAACUUUAUCAAAGCUUCUGGAUCUGUUAUUUAGUAGCUAGGAAAAGAGAUCAAAACACUAGCUUCAGUUUUUUCUCCUAUCUUUGCCUCUGAGAUUUCCUGAAUGUCAUCUGAAACGUCGAGUUGAACUCGAGUUUUUUUGCUUGAUUUCUUUUUAUUAUCUGUAACAUUUUAAUGACUAUCAGAUAAAUGUUCUAUGAACAAUCAUGGUCUAGGAACUAUGUAUGUAAUUUUCGGGAUAGCAUUAUGUUAUACCAUGUAUUUUAGCUUUGAAUGAAUUGAAUUUUGGGGUUGAUAUGAA